AUGACGCGGAUCGACCAAAAUCGGUCUGUUUUCGCGCAUGAGUUCCGACGAACGACGACGUGCUCCGACGACCGGCUGCACGUGUCCGACGACAACGCUGCGGUGUUCGUCGGCAGUCAUCAAAAACUGAUGAUCGUUAACCUAUAUAAAUCCAAAAUUGUACAACAGCCAACGCUAAAGGUAAAAGAAGUCGUGAAGAUAAUAUCUAAAGAAUUGGGAAUUGGGCAAAAUACAAUCCAGUUAACCAUUUCUGAAUAUAAAAAUAAUAAAACUGUGAGUUCACCAAAUAAAUGCAAGAUUCGAGCGACAUUCAAGGACAAAAUUGAUGAUUUUGAACGUGACGCCAUACGGAGGAAGGUGCACGAAUUUUGGUUCCGAAAACAAUUACCAACACUGGACAAGAUUUUAAGAGCUGUAAACGAAGACCCAGACCUAAACACUUACAAAAGGUCGGUUCUACAUUUACUUAUACGUGACCUAAAUUUUGUACAUGUCAAACGCGGUCGUAACAGCGCUCUCAUAGAGAGAGAUGAUAUUGUGUUGUGGCGCACAAAAUAUAUUGAGGAUAUACGUAAAUACCGGGAACAAAGAAGAACGAUCUAUUAUCUGGACGAGACAUGGGUUAAUGCAGUGUCCCGCAGAGAUGCCUUUUUGAGCGGUCUUUCAACUGGCGCACCGAAUCCAACAACAAGAGGCAAACGACUUAUUGUUGUUCAUAUUGGGUCGAAUGAGGGUUUUGUCGACGGUGGUUUAUUGCUAUUCGAAUCCAAAAAAGAUUCUUCGGAUUACCACCAAGAAAUGAAUGGCGAUGUGUUUUACGAUUGGUUAAAAGGCGUCAUUCCAUUACUUAAAGACAAUUCUGUCAUAGUUAUGGAUAAUGCGCCUUACCACUCGGUAAAAUUAGAAAAAUGCCCAACAUUAAGCUGGAAAAAGGCGGAAAUUGAAAGUUGGCUUGAAGAAAAGGGUGAACCAUUCCAAAGGCCGAUCAACAAGGUACGACUCAUGGAUAUCGUCAAAAGUAUUAAACCGCAGUUCAACAAGUUGGUUGUUGACGAAUACGUUAAAACUAAAAAUAUGACGGUAUUACGGACGCCACCAUAUCAUUGUGAGUUGAACCCAAUUGAACUUGCGUGGUCGUCCGUAAAAAGGUAUGUGAAAACCAACAAUACCACAUUCAAACUUCCGGAUGUGAAAAAACUUUUGAUUGAUGGUGUUAACCAAUGCACUCCCGAAAUGUGGAAGAACUGUGUCGAACACGUCAUCAAAAUAGAAGACAGAUUUUGGAAUGUGGACAUAACUGUCGAUGAUGUGAUGGAUGACGACAAUUUACAUGUAAUGACUAUCACUGGGGACACGUCCGAUUCAGACGAUCUAGGAUGUGAAACUUUAGAGUAA